AUGUGGGAAGAAAUUCCGCGUUCAUCUUUCAUGAACAUCUUCGACAACCGACGAAUGAUGUUGCCGUAUGACUGCGUGACGGGUCCAUUGGACCCUCAUCAUCAAGCCAAGCCUCCCAGACAUUUCUUACUUCACAUUCCGAGGGUCAUUCCGGAUCAAAAGGCCAGGUUCGAGGGAGACGAUAUUUUUAAGAAGCUCAGCAGGGAAGCAGAGGUGAGAUUUUUGAUGUCAACGUGUUCAAAUCAUCGUGUGUCCAACUGGAAGAUGUAUAUCCUUGUACAGGUGAGGUAUACGGGAUACCGUGACAGACCCAUGGAAGAACGCAGAGCGCGUUUUCAGAACGGAGUUCGAGAUGGACAUACAGAACUGGCUUUCCUGGGAUCUGGAAUAAAUUUCCAGUUGAUCUUCACUCCGGCUGCGAACGGUUUCACUGGGCCUCAUCAUCAGCCACAUGCUCCUCACAUGCAUGGACUGCCACCAGAUUUUGAUUCGGAACCUGGGAAGGUUCACAUCAAUGCUUCGAUCAUCAUGAAUGGCGUUUGUGUGAGAUGGAGGGGUUGGGUUGAUUUGGAACGAUUGGACGGUGCUGGUUGUCUUGAAUUCGACGAGCAGAAUGCCGAGGUACUUAUUGAAAUUUUGAAGUCAGCAAUAUUCCAUGAAAAAUUCACCCUAACGAAGUCGUACUGUGUUUAA